CCCGGAAGCGGAAAGUGUUUCCUGCCGACCGCGGCGGAGUCGUUUCUCAAGCGAGCGGCGGGUCUAUCGCAGCGGCAUCAUGAGCCUCUUAAACAAACCUAAAAGUGAGAUGACCCCUGAAGAACUGCAAAAGCGGGAGGAGGAAGAAUUCAAUACAGGGCCUUUGUCAGUACUCACACAAUCGGUUAAAAAUAAUACCCAGGUGCUAAUUAAUUGUCGCAAUAACAAGAAGCUUCUGGGGCGUGUCAAGGCCUUUGAUAGGCACUGCAACAUGGUGUUAGAAAAUGUCAAGGAGAUGUGGACAGAGGUGCCCAAGAGUGGGAAAGGCAAGAAGAAGUCCAAGCCAGUCAACAAGGACCGCUACAUCUCGAAGAUGUUCCUGCGGGGAGAUUCAGUCAUUGUAGUGCUGAGGAAUCCCCUUAUUGCUGGCAAGUAACAGGUCGAGGCUGGCAUAGCAAUGCCAGGAUGCUGUGCUUAGGGUCCUUGUCAAGAGACUGGAAUAUUUUGCCUAUAGUUUUAAGGCAGGGAUAUCUUACAGUCAUCUGUCUGUUCUUCAGAUGUUUCUUGUGUCACAAAUAUUCAGUUCCCCGAUGAGCUGACUGAUGGAAUUCCCACUUGACUUGAGUAUGUUCUUGCAUGUGGGUUUUUGAUUUUUCCUUUUUUUUGUAAUAAACAUUUUGUUAAAUUUGUUGGAUUGCUUUUUCCUGGUACAGGCUCUUCUGCCCAGUGAGUAUUUUGUUCGAGAUUCUUGAUGUUGGAGACAGAGUUAUAUUUAUGAAUAGUUGAUCUUCUCCCUUCCUGGUGCUCAAUUAUAUGGUCAGAUAUUAGAUAAAUCUGUUUGCACUUGGAGACAGCAUAAUUCCGUUACAUUUCUGACUGGGACAAGUCAUUUGCCAUCUUUCCUUAUGUCUUUGCCACCUGGUUAGUCAGCAUAUCUUACAGUUACUUGGAUCCAACCAAAUGAAGAGUAUCUUUGCAAGCCACGUGGCUCUUGUUAAAGGGAACAGAGUUUUCUGUCCAGAGGUUUGAGACUGGUCAUGCACGCCCACAUACAUUUUAAUUCAAAGAAUAUAAGUACUUUUAAUCCUGUGAAUGCCUCCUUCUUGGCUCCUUAAAAUGUAUGGGUUUUUUUUAAUCUCUGGUAAGGAAGAGAUACUUGGGGAUCCAUUUUCUAAUUCCAGCAUUUUCCAUUAAAUAUUAUAUCCCUGAUCAAACUCUAACACCAACACAAAAAUUUAUCCUAAUCUCAAUCCCAAAUCUCUGGGCUUUAAGGGGUGAAACUGGUGAAGCAAGAAUUAGCCUAAAACAGAAUAAUUACAUAAAUGCCAAGCAGAUCUUUCUGAUUCUUAAGGCCAGAAAAAAAAUGGUGAAAAUCAAUUCACUCAAAAGGCCAAGGAUUUAAACCCUGGGCUCACACACAAAUGCACAUGGUUUGAUUGCUGUUGUGCAGUACACGGAUCUAAUAUAUGACUUCUUCCUUGUUUGCAAUAAGGCAACUGAUCUCAGUGUUUGAUUCUGUAAGCAAGUAUCUGAUUUACAGGGUUGAAUGUCUGGAGAACUGAGAUCUAUUGUUAUGCCUAGUAUGAAGUCUGAUAUCACAGUAACAAAUGUAGCACAAAUGAUAAAAACUUACUCCUUAAUUUAACCGUAACUCUGAUGAAACCCUAACACAAAUACACACACUUAAUCUCAGCUGGAGAGUCAGUUGGAAUUGGGUGGCAUAAAAAAUAAAAUCUAUAAAUAAACUAACCUAAACUUAACCACAAAAGGCUAAGAUUAGACGUGUUGUACAAUUCAAUGUUUUUAGCCAAAUUGAAUGAUAAAACUAUUCUUAAGUAUGAAUUUGUAAGAGAAAAAAGUAAUUUAUAUUAUAAUUCUUAAAGUUAGUGUGAUUUCCUGAUUUUGUUUCUAUCUACUUUAUUUUCCCUGCUGUGCUGUCUGCUCUGCCAUAUGCGUCUUCUCCACCCACUUGGUUAGCAUGAGCUCACUCGUUGGGCCCAGCUGUCAUUCUCUUAUUCU